AUGUCAGAAAAUAUGCGAAAUUAUAAAGGAGCGUUGAAAAAACCUAAUUUAAGCAACGAGCAGCGGCAAGGUGUCUUACAAUAUCUGCUGAAAAACGUAAGCAAUGAAAAGUUGAAACACGGUGCAAUUAAACAGUGCAGCACCAAAUUCAACGUUUGCACGCGGACAAUAAACCGAAUUUGGAAUACAGCAAAACAGGAUUAUAAUGUCGGAUCUUGUACAGCUAACGUCGACUUAAACAAAAAAGGAAAUACUGGAAGGAAACGUAAAGAGAGAGAGGAUAUAAAAAAGAAAAUCUCGGAAGUUUCCAUAGCACAAAAAUCAACCAUCCGCAGUCUUUGUAACAAUAUUAACCAGUCAUUGGGAACAGUGCACAGAAUUUUGAAAGGAGUCAUAAAGAGAGUUUCAAGUACAUUGAAACCUGUUUUGACCGAUGACAAUAAGAAGUGUCGAUUAGAAUUUGCACUUUGUAUGUUACAAGAACCUAGCCUAUAUUUUCAAGAAAUGUUAGAGUUUGUUCAUAUUAAUGAAAAAUGGUUUUACAUAACCAAAACUAAGACAAACUGCUACCUUCUUCCCGAAGAAGAAACACCUCAUCGAACAUGUAAGAGUAAAAGAUUCUUAACAAAAAUCAUGUUUUUAGCUGCAGUGGCUCGUCCAAGAUAUGAUUACAACAAAAAGUCUGAAUUUAAAGUUAUAGAAGAAAAGUGGCCGAAGGGUAGCAAAAAGAUGCCCAUCAAAAUUCAACAAGAUAAUGCCCGACCACAUUGUAAUAUAGAUGAUGGUGAAGUAAUUCGGGAAGGAACAGCUGAUGGAUGGAAUAUUAGUUUGAUUUGUCAGCCACCAAACAGCACUGACUUUAAUGUUAUUGAUUUAGGCUUUUUUAAUGCGAUUCAGUUUAUACAACAUAAAAGCUCGAUGCAUAAUAUAGAUGAAUUAAUUGCUGCUGUUUUGAAGGCAUGGGAUGAUACACCUGCAUAUAAAUUAGAUAAUGUUUUUAUGACUCUGCAGAAAUGUAUGGAGUCCUCCAUGCUUCAUAAAGGAGGUAACAAUUACAAAAUCCCUAACACAGAGAAAGAAAAAUUACGGUCUACUGGACAAUUACAAAGCAAUGUAAUUUGUUCAAAAGAAGCUGUUGAAACUGCAUUAAAUAGUUUAUAA